UUCCUCAUCGUGCUCUUCUUUCUCUUAAAAUCUCAUCUAUCUCUUACAACUUUGUUCCAUGGCCUCUCUUCUUUUCCUCGAGCUUCACCCUUUUGCUCCUUGACAAAAUACUUUUUGCUUCUCAUCUUACUCGGUUCUGUUUCCGGCUUCGAAAAUCUGUGAGCUGAAAGCUGUACGUGUUGGUCACAACUCAUUAUAGUUUGAGAAAUCCAGAAGACUCUAUUUGUAUAAAUUGAGGUUCGCUUUUCGAAACCAUGCUCUGUUGAUCAAACCCAUAUUGCGAAGAAACAAGGUUUUGGAAAGUAAAGCUAGUAGUGAGGUUUUAAGGUAUCAAUGAUGCAAGAAAUGGAGAAGUUUGCUCUUCCAGCUGGAACUUUCAAGGAAGAAGAUCAGAUUGAUUUACCACCAGGGUUUCGAUUCCACCCAACCGAUGAAGAGCUUAUCUCUCAGUACCUGCACAAGAAGGUCAUCGAUUCCAACUUCGGCUGCAAAGCAAUUGGGGAUGUGGACUUGAACAAGUCCGAGCCUUGGGAUUUGCCAUAUAAAGCGAAAAUGGGUGAAAAAGAAUGGUACUUUUUCUGUGUAAGGGACAGAAAGUAUCCAACUGGUCUGAGAACAAACAGAGCAACUGAGGCUGGAUAUUGGAAAGCUACCGGGAAAGACAAGGAGAUUUACAAAGGGAAAUUCCUAGUUGGCAUGAAGAAAACCCUUGUUUUUUACAGGGGUAGAGCCCCAAAAGGUGAAAAGAGCAAUUGGGUCAUGCAUGAAUACAGAUUGGAGGGUAAAUUUUCAGUCCAUCACCUCCCCAAAACUGCAAAGAACGAAUGGGUGAUUUGUAGGGUUUUUGAAAAAUCUGCCGGUGGUAAGAAAAUCCAUAUUACUGGACUUACGAAUUCGGGUUCUCAUGGAACUGAAAUUGGUUCUUCUGGUUUACCUCCACUGUUGGACCCGUCGCCUUACAAUGGCGCCAAGACCAGACCUGCUUCAGAGUCCGUGCCCUGCUUCUCCAACCAUGAGUCCUUUGAUUCUCAAGGAAACCAAGGGAUUGUUGAUUACAUCAACAACAAUCCUCUUUUCUCUGUUUCUUCGAAUCCUUCAAGCAACAACAACGCUUUCCCAAGAGUCACGUAUCAAUACGCUGCUCCAGUUUCGUCGGCAAAUUUCCAGUUUCCGAAUUCGGUUCUGAUGCAUGAUCAUCUGAGGGCCUUGCUUGAGAGUAAUGUUUCAUUCAUGAGGCAGAAUUUCAAAACAGAGAGGGACAUGAUCAGUCUCUCUCAAGAAACAGGCCUUACUACUGAUGUGAACCCUGAAGUCUCUUCUGUCAUGCCAAAUCAUGAGAUGGGUAGAAGGCCAUUUGAUGAUCAAGAUAACUUUUGGAUGUGACUCUGUGUUAUGUGUAGUGAAAGAAACAAGAUCAGCUAGCUUCAGCUACUAGCCAAUAAUGUUUUGUGAGUUGAUUGAUGGUGUGAGUCUGUGAAUAGAUAUUUCCUGAAUUAUUAAGGGAAUUUGAUGAAAGUGAAGCCUAUGUUGUGUAGUAUAUAUGUGAGAAAUUAUUUUGAUGUUUGUGUAUUUAAAUUUUAAAUCUUGUUGAGACUGUUCAGAUAUUGGCAGCAUUCUUGUGAAUGAGCUAUACGAUAUUGGUGACAUAAGAGAAUAAGAUUCAGUUGGUGGUAAUGAUCUUAUUUUUCUGUAU